UCCACCGGUGGAGGGGAUGGACGAGGACUUGGAUCUGCCAGACGAAAGGAAGGUUGGGACACUCCUGAGAAUGUUGAUGGAUCUACCAACUGAGCAGAUCCAGCAUAUCCAAUGGUCGAUGGGGGCAUCAUGUCCACCUAAAUUUCUGAAGAAAUUCUUAGUUGUACUCAAGGCAGGACCUUGUUGCUUCUUGGUGACUGACUGGUGGAGAACUCGUCCAACUACAUUCGGAAGAAACUUUUAG